AUGCGUCUUGCAUGGCAAGUCGGACUGGCGUGGGCGGCCGCGUGCGUGCUGCCAGUCACGCCGGCCAAGGCGGAUGUGGCCGCGCUGGACGUGUCGUGGGGUCGUAUGGAUGAUGCACAGCUCGUUUCGCUGUUUGAAAAGAGGUACUCGCCUGCCGAAGGGCUCAACACGUCGCUGGCGGCGCUGCGGAGUUUGCUGGACGAGGCACACGUCGACGUCGAGCUGCCGGCGGCGCCCAGCGCGGUGUCUGCGGCGGCGCGUAGCCUUGCCAGUGCUGGCGAUGCGCUCGGCCUGCGCCGUGCGGCCGACGGACUCCGGCGGCAGGUGCAGGUGUGGACGUUGCGGCACCAGCAAGUCUAUGCACAUUCCGAGCACGGCAAGGAAGUGUAUACCGGUCCACUGCGCAAGGCGAUUGCGAUCGUGGCGCACUGGAUCAUGCGGCCAGCGCCGGAGCCGCACCGGCCGCCGUAUACGUACUAUGAUGCGACGGACCAAUGGCCCGACUGGGACUUUGACGAAACACGGGCGGCCGUUGCUGCCGCCGCCCACAAGGUGCAGCCCAUUACGAAUGGCUGGGAACAGGCCAUGUGGGGACCGUUUGUUGAAGGACUUGCACAGAGCACUGUACCGGCGAUGCAGGCCGUGCAGGACGCGUACGAUGCAGCUCCUAAAGAGCGUGCGCUCUUCUUUUACUUUCGCAAGGCUGUACAAAGCCUGUUCAAAAAUACCAAGACGCCGAGCGCCGAAGUGCGCGAGACAAGCGCUACGCAGCGCCGUGCUUUGGCCAUCCGUCUCCUCGAGUGGGUCGCGUUUUCGGGCGAUUCAGCGGGGCUCGAGAUGCGCACGACCCAUGUGCAACGUGACGCUCUGUGGAUCCUCGGCGAGCACUCGUUAUGGGUCCUCUGA